GCUGCUGGAUUCCCGGGACCCUUGAUGGACGAAACGACUUCAUAAAGGAAGCUAAGGUUUAUCAUUUACUAUGCGGCAUUUCUUGAUACUAAUUUCGAUGGUGGUGAGUUUGGUUGUGGCUGAUGGUGAUAACAUCGCUCUGCCAGAUUCGAAUUUCACCUUUAGAGAUGUGAACUACGUCAUGCCUUGGCUGAAAGGUCCAAACAUGUGUGCAUAUUACCUCAUCCCUGGACAGAAGGGUAUCCAUGGAAGAUACUACUCUGAGUGUCUGUUCUACCAGCCUAAACUCAUUUUAGGAAAACAAGCGACAAUCGAAUAUGAGUGCUGUUUUGGUUUCAAGGCAGGAGAGGGAAAGAGUGGGUGCCGGAGAGUUGAUCCACUCGAGAACGUUGUGAGGACGACGAAUAACAUGGGUCUGACAUCGUUUCCCAUCCAGCAAGCGGGAUUGACCCGAACCUUGUCUAAAGAUGGCGCUUUCACUGUGUUCGUUCCAACCAAUGAGGCGAUCGAUGAAGCUGAAAGAUUAGAUAGCACCAUUGGUACUCGCCUAGCUGCUAGAGGGAACCCACUUAUCAGAUACCAUAUGCACAAAGGCCGCCUUUACACCAAUGACAUCGUGCGAAACCAGAUGCUGGCGAUGGAGUACGCUGUCCGAGGAAUGAAAGAGAAGGCCAUUUUACAUAAAUACUGCAAUGGCAUCAUUACCAUCAACUGCGCUCGAAUCAUAAUGCCCAAUAGAGAAGCUUCUAAUGGCAUCGUUCACGUCAUAGACAAGGUUAUUGAACCGAUUCCGGAUGAUCAUAAGAACGUGAUGCGGGCACUUCAGUCCGACGACCAGUAUUCAGAAUUCGUGAAGCACCUUGAGCAAGUGCCGGGACUGAGCGCGGAGCUGGCUGAAAAAGGUCCCUACACCAUACUGGCACCUACAGAUCAAGCCUUCAAAGAUCUUGACCCCGAAAUUACGGUGAGGCUGAAGGAUAAAGAAAUAUUAGGAGCAUUUAUCAAAUUUCACAUUAUCCCAAUUACGAUUUGCUCCGCCUCGGUCCUGGAGGAACAGACGGUCGUGAACAUGAAUAAUAAGAGAAUGAAACUCGGCGUUGAUGCGCAUGGGCGGCUGAGUAUCAACGGACAGGCUACGGUGACCACGGCGGACAUCGUCACAUGGAAUGGAGUCAUCCACAUCAUUGAUAGAACUUUGCUGCCUGACUUCAUCCUUGGAGCUAGUGCCUUGGCUGGACGGCUGCAGUUAAACACGUACGUAGAGUACCUAAGGAGGGCAGGUCUUGAGGCUUACGUCAAUGGUGGCGAGAAAAGGACUCUCUUCAUUCCAAGCGAAACAGCAUGGUCAGAGUUAUCUGCAACUGAAAAGCAGCGAAUCGCAUCAGAUCCGGAAUACCUUAAGCUUCUCAUGCAGUAUCACAUAGUCAAGGGCCAAUACAAACUAUCCGAUGUGAACAGUCAGACACAGUUCAAAAGUGAGACAAGCGGAGGGGCGUCCCUUUCUCUGAACAGAUAUCGGGCGUUCGGAAGUCAGACGGGCUUUGCUAUCCAAGGGGCCGAGGUAACGAGCGCUGACUACGGAGGUGGGAAUGUCAUGAUACACAUCAUCAACAAGGUUCUUCUUCCGCCCAAGUCAGCCAUAUUGGAUUUUCUCAAGACGGACGAACGUUUUAGUAUAUUCUACGACAUGAUUGUGACUGCCAAGGUCGACAAUAUCAUUCGUUCCUUGCGUGGCGAGAUGACCUUCAUACUCCCGACCAAUAAAGCCUUCGAACAACUCGACUCCGACUUCGCAAAUGAACUCAAGAACAAUCGCCACCUAGCGAAGGUGAUCCGCUACCAUAUCUGGCCUAUGGUCCUCUACACGUCUUCCUUCUACAAGGGCUGGACAUAUUACGUGCGCACUCACCUCGGAGAGGACGUCGAGAUCCACCGGGAGUUCGGGGAGCUACUCCUCAACCACCGCACCCAUGUCGAGAUAGUCGAUAUCUCUAUGAUCGAUGGGAGUGUAGCCCAUAUUGUCGAUGAAGUACUGAGAUGCAGGUGCCCGUAAUCAACAGUGGCCAGUUACUUCAGAAAUCAUAACAUUCGGUUUCAAUUGACAGUAGAAGCUGAGGUAGGCUUAUUAGCGGCGGCAGAUUAUUAUGUUUAGGGUGGACAAGACGCGUACACUUUAAAG